AUCCAUUAGCAGUUGGACGGGGGUCUGUUUAAUUGGCUUAGGGGGGAAGACAGGCAAGGUUCAGUCAGAUUCAGUAGCUCACCUGAGGGAGGCCACCCUGGCAGGGGCCUGUCUAAUGGCCUGGCCAGAUGGGCUCAUCUCCCUCGUCUAGGUCUGUAGCCCUGGGUGUCACAGUCCUCCUUGUGCUGAGCACUCAGAUCAUGUGAGGAAACUGAGGAAGCCAGAGAAGACCUGUCAAGAGAUGACCUGCUUAAGUAUUAAUUAACUUUGCCAGGGAGGACUUAAAAAUCUGAUGUCAGUUUGCUGAGCACUCCUGCCCUUUCUAUCCAUAAUCCGCAUUAAGUCACUGGGCAGGUGUUUUGAAUUUAGACUAAUGUUGCCCAAUAAGGUUCUUUUGUUCCCACCAUUAGGAAAAUUGGCCUUCACUGAAGGAGAAGAAAAUAUUAAUAUAUGAGGCCUAGAAGUACAGAGCAAGCAUAUAUUUAAUGAGCCAAUGCCAGUUUCCUUACUAGUUACCUCCCUAUCUGAAUCAUGGAGACAUUCUAAUCAGCAGUUCUCAGAAUCUGUGGUGUGUCCGAAUCAUCUGAGGGGCCCUGGUCAAGCCCUGAGAGAGUGAGAUUUGGUGUGUCUGAGGUGGGGCCUGAGAAUUUGCAUUUCUAUCUAGUUCCCAGGUGAUGCCGACUCUAAUGGUCUAGAGGCCACACUUUGGGAACACCAUUCUAAAUAUUGUGAAAUAUGAGCAGUAUAUAAAUAGACAUUUGGUGAUUUCCUCAAUAACUUGCAACCUGGCCUUUAGUUUAGAAUCCCGACAGGCUGUUUUGAAGGAAGAUGGUGAUGUCCAAGAAAGGUAGUAUGAAAUUUUUAGAACUCCAUGAAAAUUUUAAAACUCUUGCCAUGUCUGGUUUUGUUGGCCUGGGUCUGGCUGGCUGUUUUGGAGUUGGCUGGUUCGAAAGGAUGUAGUGUGUUGCCAUGGCAAUAUUCUUCCCCAAGCAGGAAGGCCCCAGAGGUUGGUCCUGCGCAACUGACCGUGUAUUUCUCAUGGCUUUUCCCUUGGGGUGCUUCAGGGUUCCGUUCCAUCACUCCUGGUUGGCGUUCCCGGGAAGCUGGGGGUAGUCAGGAGGCUCUAGGCCCCCUCUUCAUUCAGCCUAUAAGUGAAGUGAGCUUUCUUUGUCAGACCAGUGCCCAGCUUGCUUAGGGCCAUGGAUCAGAUUAAGCUAAUUUGGGUACAAAGCAGAAGUGGUUGGCAGGGGCAUCCCAAGGCUGUGGGGAAGGUGCUUUCUGCUCCUUUAAUUAGGAGCUCUUGCCUUGUAGCACUGUGUCUGGAUUCUCAGCUAAGGAAGGCAUGCUUCUCCUGCAGCACUUAGCAUGAAGGUUAUUACCUCUAUGGAUGCAGGGCAUGGCACCGAUGUCUGUCGCACGUGACUGCCGUGGGAUCCCUUUGUUCUCUUCCCAGGGUUCUCCUUGAAGGACAGACAGAUAUCCUGGUGUUCUUCCCUUAGGGUGUAGCACACAUGGUGUCCAGGUGGCCACAGCUCACCAGAGGACAGUUCAAGGGGGCAGAUGGCCUGUCGGAGCCGGAGGGCAUCUCUCUGAAGCGGGUCGCUGUGGUGGAAGAUUUCUUUGACAUCAUCUACUCGAUGCACGUGGAGAGCUCGGCGGAGCCAGGCAAAGCCCCCAAGCACGCUGGGCAGAAGAAAACCUACCGAGCGAUUGCGGAGACUUAUGCCUUCCUUCCGCGAGAGGCCGUGACCCGGUUCCUGAUGAGCUGCACAGAGUGUCAGAAGAGGAUGCACUUUAACUCCAAUGGCCUGGAGCCCAAAGAGAACGAACCUCCCUCCCCCCUGGUGUCCGGGAUUAUCGAUUACAACAUGCCCCUUACCUCCACGUACCUGAAGCAGAUGAAGCUGCGGGUGAUGAACUCCCAGGAGCAGGAUGAAACUUCUGUGAGCAGUGAAGAUUUUGAUAUGAACGACUCCACAUGGAUGUCAGCUGACCCACACCUGGCCUCCAGCCUGAGUCCCAGCCAGGACGAGAGGAUGCGGAGCCCUCAGAACCUCCACAGCCAAGAGGAUGAUGACUCCUCCUCUGAGAGUGGCAGCGGCAAUGGCUCCUCCACCCUGAACCCAUCCACCUCGAGCAGCACGCAGGGUGACCCCGCCUUCCCCGAGAUGAAUGGCAACGGCGCCGUGGCCCCCAUGGACUUCACCGCCAGCUCCGAAGAUCAGCCCAUCAACCUGUGCGACAAGCUCCCGCCGGGCACGGCGCUCGGCACGCCUUCCUACCCCUCUGAUGGCUGCGGCACCGAUGGACUGCGGAGCCGUGUCAAGUACGGGGUGAAGACCACCCCUGAGUCGCCCCCUUACAGCUCCGGGAGCUAUGAUUCCAUCAAGACUGAGGUCAGCGGCUGCCCUGAGGACCUGACGGUGGGCCGGGCCCCCACAGCAGAUGACGACGACGAUGACCACGAUGACCACGAGGACAACGACAAGAUGAACGACUCUGAGGGCAUGGACCCCGAGCGCCUCAAGGCCUUCAACAUGUUCGUGCGGCUCUUCGUGGACGAGAACUUGGACCGCAUGGUGCCUAUCUCCAAGCAGCCCAAGGAGAAGAUCCAGGCCAUCAUCGAGUCCUGCAGCCGGCAGUUCCCCGAGUUCCAGGAGCGGGCCCGCAAGCGCAUCCGCACGUACCUCAAGUCCUGCCGGCGCAUGAAGAAGAACGGCAUGGAGAUGACCAGACCUACGCCUCCCCACCUGACCUCGGCCAUGGCAGAAAACAUCCUGGCAGCUGCCUGCGAGAGCGAGACGAGAAAAGCAGCCAAAAGGAUGCGCCUGGAGAUCUACCAGUCCUCCCAGGACGAGCCCAUCGCCCUGGACAAGCAGCACUCCCGGGACUCCGCAGCCAUCACCCACUCCACCUACUCACUGCCAGCCUCCUCCUACUCCCAGGACCCCGUGUACGUCAAUGGCGGCCUCAACUACAGUUACCGCAGUUACGGGGCCUUGGGCAGCAACCUGCAGCCCCCUGCCUCCCUCCAAACAGGAAAUCACAGUAAUGGGCCCACCGACCUCAGCAUGAAAGGCGGGGCCGCCACGGCCUCCAGCACGCCCACGCCCACGCCCUCCAGCAACAGCACCAGCAGGACCAUGCCCACCGCGCAGCUCAGCCCCACGGAGAUCAGUGCGGUGCGGCAGCUCAUCGCUGGCUACCGAGAGUCUGCCGCCUUCCUGCUGCGCUCCGCGGACGAACUGGAAAACCUCAUUUUACAGCAGAACUGACCCCGCGGCACCUGGAGUGCACUACCCUAGAGAAGGAGGCUGUCCCGGCCCGGCUUCCUGCCUCGCCACUUGGUACAUUUUGUUUUUUGAAAGAGGUGGGAUCCAAAAGAGCUGUUUCUAGCCACACGCCAAGCACCUGCGACUUUGGGCACAAGGACACUUUUUUUUGGAAUCUCACCCCACGGGUGCUCUGACCUGCUUGGAAGAGGCCAAUGGGGCAGCUUUGGAAGGGCUGGGGCUCCCCUGACAAGGCGCUGGGGACGCAGCUCUAUUUAGAAUCAUCUUCGUGGACCCUGAUGUUAGAAUCCCACCCCCAGAUAAUUACCUUUCAAGUCUUAGGUGAGCAGAAUUGCAUAUUUAUUGAGAAAAACAAAGUGGACCCUUUCUUCCUCCCCCCUUAGUAAUUUAUUUUUCUGAAAAUGGAUUCUUUUGUGUUUGUACAGAUUGCCAGUCUGUGUCUGUCUGAUCAGAAGGCUGUAUCCCUGUGACCUAACAUUCCAUAUCACUACACUGGCGCGGGCUGGGGGCCGGCAGGGCGGGGUGCGGAGGGGCGGGUGCCGGGCUGGCUGGCCUUCUGCGCGCCCAGCACCGCCAAGCCGGAGGACCUCAUCCACACCCAAUGCAAAGCAAAGACAAACAAAAAUGGCUCCCCCACCCCCAUUCCACAGAAGCCCCAGUCACAUGGUCACCUGUAUUCUACCUCACACUCCAGCAUGGGCUUUUUCCAGGAUGUGCCCCGAGCCCGUUCUGAACGGCUGUCUCCCGACUCCCCCACACAAGGUGUCUGCCUGGGAGGUAAGUCCAGAGGGGUGGCCAGGAGCUGGAGCCCAGAGAGGGCUGUGACCCUCCUAAGCAGCAGCUUGCAGCCCCCUGGCCCCAGCCCUCCUGGCUGCUUAACAGGACAGAGUGCGGGGGGUGGGGGGACAGCAGCUGGUCAGCAGGGCCCUCGCCCUCACCUGCCCCCAGGGGGCCGGGUCUGAAUACUUCUCCACACAGGCCCAGGGCCCUCAGACACCUGCUGGGAAGGGCCUGUUUCUUCAGGGUAGGCCCCCAGCUGUCAGGCAGCCACCAAAUAGGAAAAGCAGCUGCGAGCCCCUAGUUGGACUGCAGCUCCUGUCCUGUCCUCUGCCCCCGUGGUUGGAGUAAAGGGACUAUCAACAGAAGUGGAGAAGCCCCUUGGGUUCUCCUAGGACCUGCCCUUCUGGAGGGGCCAGUCCUGGAAGAAACCUAUAAUCCCUGGAGUGUGAAAAAGGGCAAAAAGAAAAGGCUGGCCUGGUUUCCUUCCUCCCCAGUAGGCACUUCCUCUUGCUCAGUGCAAUACCUACCAGUGCUGCUAAAACCAGGGACUCACCCAGACCUCAGAAGGCCCACAGGGCCUCUCCAUGCAACACUCCGUAGCCAUGACAGCAGCUCUCUGCUGCCCGCCCCUGCCCAGAGCUGGCAGAAGCCCUCUGUUGCCUUUCCUCCCUCAGAGCAAAGAGGCCCCAGGGGAGCCAGGGCCGUGUGGACCCUAGGCCGGCCACAGCCACUCGACCCCAGAGCAGGUACCCCUUCCCAAACCAGCUUUCUGCAGCUACCUGCCUUCCGGCACUAUGGCGGACCACCCUCGAGGGGGCCAGGAAGGGGCUCCUGCACGAUGCCCCACCCUGCCUGGCACCCACGCCCAAGCUGUGGGCCCUGGAGCCAGAGCUCUGAAAGGUAGGGUGCCCCACCCCGUGCUUACUUCCAGCCCCUCGUAGUUGGGGGUGGUCUUUCCUCUCUCAAGUGGCCUCCAACACCCCACCCAGCCACACCACCUCUGCCUUCCAUCUGACCAAUCUCCAGGCCUCUGGUCAGGGCCAGGACACCCGAGACUCCCCUUUAGCACAGCACAAGCUCCAGUGCCCAAGGCCUGUCCCCCACCCCAGCCAUCCACACGUCCAGCCCCCACCUGCUCAGUGCUACUCCCGGACGUUUCAAUUUGUGUAAAUAUUUAUUUUUGUGUGUGAACAAUACUACAAAGUAAUCAGUAGGUCUUUUGCAAAAUGUUACCCCAGGCAAUUUGUGAGAAUCUUAAUGUUAAAAACUGGCAGAGACAAUCGCCGCCUUAGAAUUCUUGAUACCAACUGCUAACUUGUCAUUCCCUGUCCCGGAGACAGGCCCCAAGCCAGGCACGGAGGCAGUGCUUUCCUCACAGACCGGAGAGAGGAGGGCUGGGAGGGGCUGCUGCCACCACCCCACACGAGGGAUUAGAGCUGAAGACCCGCCCAAGUUGCGGGGUGCCAAGUUGCGGGGUGCAGUGCCACUCUCCCGGGCUGACCACCUCAGCCUGCCUUAGCGCGCUGGUGUGACAGGAAGGCCACGCGGGCCGGGGCUCCCCGCGGCCCCCCGGGGACAGUGGAUUCUGCCACGGUGACCCCGCCACCUGGGUGGGCUCCUUCUCUGGGAGGCUACACCCGAAGCCCUGGUGAUGGCAGAAGCAGGAGCAAGUCGCUGUGUGGAAACAGGACUCCAUUCGCUAGUUCAGUCAGGGAACUUGUUCUGUUUUACUUUUGUUUUCAAAGAUGCAGCUUCAAGCCCUCCCCACUCCUCCUGACUUGGAGAGCACCGAAGAGCUGGUUCUGUGGGACCUAGCUCGCCGCUGUCCCACCCUCACCCUCACCCAGGGACUGCCUUCUCCCAAAGGGAGCUUCCGACGCCCUGCCUGCCCUGCAGCCACCCUGCCCCGCAGCCGUUUAAAAUUCUCACGGAGGGCCUCAGGGCACAAAUUCAUCACUGGGGAUCCUAAGCUAAGAGGUAACUCAAGACUAGAAUACGCCAAUUCCAGAGUCUUUGCAGGGAGCUAAUUCCAGCAGAAGGGUAGAAUCAGGAGAAAUGGGAAUUUGAUCUUCGUGGUAGACAUCCAGUAGACCAGCAAUGGUGUGACCCAUCUGAAAUUCAUUUUACCGCCACCUCCAGUACAGUUUAUACCCAAGGACAGUGUUGAGGGGGAGGGGGACAGGAGGGGACUAGCAGGGUUUUCAAGGAUUUCAAACAGGUGGAACCCGGCCAUCCCUAUUCCUAAGGGCCACUUAACGACUCCAGGGGUGGUUACAGGAUUAACUACCAGUUCAUUUUCAAAAUGCUGCUUUGAACUCAGAGGGUUGAUACUUUUAAUUUGUAAUUUUUUGUAAAACUUUUUACAAGAUAGUAAAGUAUUUCACCAGAAUACCAGUUUCAAUCCGUCCAUGGUCUGAUUUUUAUAUAAUUUAGUGGUGCUUUAGAAACUUUGUUUUUGUUGUUUCUGAGCUAAACAGCUCAAUCCUUUUUCGCCUGUAUCUACCUAAGACCAAUGUGAACCUUUGUAUUUUUGCUCCUAAUUUUGGACUCAGUGAAAGUGUACUGUUUACAUGUACAGACGCCCCAGUCCCUGUGUGUUCUGCAAGACUCGCUCUGGAGGAGGAAGGUGCCCCUCACUAAGCUCACCUGCUUAGCAAAGCCACAAAACAAAAACCUCUCUUUUUACCUAUGUUUCCACCUAAAAACAAAAACGAAAACCCUACACCACAUAGAACUCAAGAUUUGCUGAAAAAUACUUUUCUAAGCUCAGAAAAAUCUCCGUGUGGCAGAUGACCCCUAUGCCACUGGCGUGGUCCAUUUGGAGCAGGGGGCAGAGCAGAGACCCCAGCAGCCAGGGGCGGGGGCGGGCACGUGCGGGGACUCUUGGAGUGUGUGAGCAGGACUUGCAGCAGAGCUGUGGGGCGGCGGAAGUCUCCCGACAGCCUGGCAGUGGGGAAGUCAAGAUGACUCGUAGGACCUUCAGGGUCAAGCCACCCAGGAUUUAGGGACAACCCAAGAGGCUGUCAGUCCUCUGGUAUCAUUUAGACCCGUUCUGGGAGAGCGCAAAUUCCCUAUCUGAGAUGAGGUUUCAGGACGUCCCAGUGCAGAGGGUACAAGCACUCCUUCAGGGCUCCCCUGGAGGCAGCUCGUGCCGGAGGCCUCGCCUCUGCGGAGGGGCAGGGGCUCCAGACGGGAAGCAUAUGGCACUUAAGACAACCCGUGGGUGGCACCAACUUUUAAAGGUGACUCUUUAUUACUUAAUCAAUGGCUACACCUCUAAAUUAUAUUUUUACAGAUAUGCACCUAUGCAACUUAACGUGGCUCUUCUAAGCAGGUGAGGACUUCCUCCUCAAUGCUCUAUAAAAAUUGUGUUCUAUAUAGUGAGUUUUUUCCAGUAAAUGUGGCUUAAUAUUUUAAUUCUUAGAAUGUGUCUUCUCUAUGUGAUGCAACUAAAUUCUGUUUUGUUUGUGGAAUGACUAGCACAGGCCAAGUCCCUCUCCCUCACUUAACAAAAGACCAAUGAGCUGUUAAUCGAGCUGUUAUCUCCAUGGUAUUACUUGCUAAAUGCACUGAUUUCCUAAGUAUGUGGGACCCUUUUUCUUUUGAAUCUGUAUAUCAUAUAUAAGACUGAAUCUACUUAAUAAACACUGAAUAACAAA